AUGACUAUCCCCGCCGAUAUUCUCGCUGCAAAAGCAGCGGGGAGGAUUCCUGAUAAUGUCUCCCUUGAGUAUCUAGCACAGUCCCGCGAUAGCCCAGCUAUUGCGGGAAUUAUCUUCCUGGUCUGCCUCACGGGUGUCUUGAUGAGUAUGCGGCUAUACGCUCGGAUAUUUCUUGUCAAGAGGUUUGGGCUAGACGAUGCAUUGGCUACGUUUACUCUGACACUCUACGUGGCGUUCGUCGUCCUCUGCAUCAUCCUCAUCAACCUAGGAAGCGGCCGACAUAUCGAAUACAUCGAGCAUGUCCUAUCAAUGACCACUGUCCGCCAAACCGAAGUCCUCGAUUUCGUCGCACAUAUUCUAUACACGACUGCGCUCUUUACAUGCCGACUGUCCGGUCUAGCCUUCUACUACCGGCUCUGCCCGCGGUCCAGCAAACUGCACAAGGCUAUCAUCGUCGCAGUACCGUUGCUUUUCGCCACCUACCUGCCCCAGUUCUUUCUUCUGCUGUUCCACUGCCGUCCUGUGACGGGCCUGUGGCCUUAUGAAUGGCAGCACGAGACCACGGACUACAAAUGUCUCUCAUGGGGAUUGGUAUACUCGGUGAACUCGGGUGUUUCGCUAGCCUGUGAUCUUCUGAUGUUUAUCAUCCCUAGUAUCCUCAUCAAGCAGCUUCAGAUCUCAAGGGAGAAAAAGAUCAAGCUUUCCCUGGUCAUGUUCCCAGGUGUUCUUGUUAUCGCCAUCUCCGCCAUCCGCGUCUGGCUCGUGGCUGAAGGCCAGUGGACCUCUGACGGCAGCUGGGCGUACAAUCCUAUGCUAGGCAUCGAAAAUGCCGAGAUCGCAGGCACGCUUAUCGCGCUAUCCGUGCCAGCUCUCAAACCCGUGUUCGGGAAUGUUUUCUCCCGGUUAACCGAGUACACGUCCAGCCAUACACGCUCGCGAUCUGCACGAUUAAAAAUCACCUCGAAACCUCUGAGUGCUGUCGGGUCUAAUACCCGCGACAGCAAGCAGCUGCUGCAGUGGUCGACACAUGGUCGUGACGAUUAUGAGAUGAUGGGUUCUGAAGUCUCGGUUAGGCCCGAUCAGAGGUCGCCGUCAACACCGGAUGCAGGGAAGGGUCCUGGCAUUAGGAUUACUAAUGAGAUCGAUAUCUCGAGGGAAGAGGAGAGGGCUUUAUCCAUGACCUCGCGGGAGUCUGGGCUUACUUAG